CCACAUCUCUAUCUUAACACCAACAGUUAUACCCGGCCCACACUGUAUGCGAACAACGCACGUAUCUUGCGUUCCUCCGCGAUGUAGUUCACCACAUGAAACAUCUGACAACUACUCGCCAUGCCUCACUCAGACCGUUCCCCAUCUCCACAACGCGAUUUCUUUCCCGAUCUUCCAGCCUUCCCCGACAACGUACCCACCGCCCCUCUUCUCCGCAUCUCGCUUCAAGCGUUACUUGACCACGACGAAGAAGAACAAAACAGAUGCUGGCAGGCGUGUCGCGAAUUGGGGUUUUUCUACCUGGACGUCCGCAACGCCACGCAUUCGAAUAGUAGCAACGACCAAAACACUGAUACUGCCGUCGACGGCGACGCGUUACUCCAAGAUGUGGACAAGCUAUUUGAAGUAAUGCGCGACUUCUACGAUCUGGACGUCACUGACAAGGUCAAAUACGAUUUCAAAGACCAAGGCAGUUACUUUGGCUACAAAGGGUACGGCGAAGGUUACGUCGAUAAGCAAGGAACGAAAGACCGGAAUGAAUUCUACAAUAUCUCCAAAGACGAUAUCUUCGGUCUCAGCGACCCUCUUCCCUCCCCAGCUGUCUUAAACCCACACCGCGAUCUAUACAAAUCCUACAUCACCUCUUCACACGCAAUCUGCAUGCUCAUAACCUCCCUUCUCUCCUCACGCCUUCCACUCGCGCCAGGAGUGCGUUCCGCAGGCGGACUCGCCGCAAGCCACCGUCUUCACGCCUCAUCAGGCGACCAAAUCCGCUUCGUCAAAGCACCACCACAAGAACAAUCCCUCAAAGGCGUCGCACUGGGCGAACACACAGAUUUCGGCAGCGUCACUGUUCUGUUCAACCGCCUGGGUGGCCUGCAAGUCAGAUUGCCCGAACACAUAUCCCCUCUCGCACCAACAUCCACAUCCCCACCACCCACACCUAUCGAGCAGAAACUCUGUGAAGACGGAUGGACGUACGUCCGCCCUCUACCAGGCCACUGCAUCGUCAACCUCGGCGACGCACUCGUCAAGUUCUCAAACGGUGCGUUGAGGAGUAAUAUCCAUCGGGUUGUCGCGCCGCCUGGGGAACAGGGAAGUGUGGAGAGGUAUAGUCUUGUGUAUUUCUGUCGGCCUGAGGAUGAUGUUCUGUUGAGGAGUUUGGUCGAGGGAGGGAAUGUGGAGGAUGAGGAGGAGGUUACGGCGAAGGAAUGGAUAUUGAGGAGGGCGUUGGGGAGGAGAAAGGCGGAUGGGUGGGAGAAGAGUGAGGGGACGGAAGCAGUUAGUAUGGGGGUUAGGAAUGGAGGGAUGAGGACGUGAUUGAGAAGAGGGGAUAUGGAAGCGUACAAGUAGACGCCAUGUCAUUGCCAUGUGCAUAGUCAGUUCUGAUGGUAAGUUUCGUAGCAUGUUUCUAUACAAGGUUCUUUUAUUCCAAAUUUGGGAGGCCAUGAAGCCAUGCGUCGUCUCCGAAGUCCCGUCAUCUCAUCUUCAGUCACAGAGGCAGUAUAUAAGCUCAACAAUGCUCCUUCCUCCUUCUUUCUCUUAUCCACUCCCACAAUAUGCGACUUUCCUAAACACUGGGAAGAAUGCCUGAUGGACUGCUCUUCU